AUGUUAUAUGAACAAUUCACCUCAAACAAUAAUAGAGAACAAAAAGAGAAUUCAUCAAAUGUUAACGCAUUCUUCGAUGUAUUAGGAAAAGUCAAUAAAUUUUUCUAUUAUACAUUUUCAUUACCAAUGAAGAUAUAUGAAGAUUUUGUGGAUAACAUUUAUAAUUUAGUUGUUAAUCAUUCAACCUUAUUUUCAUGUUGUUUAUGCACAACUAUAACUGCAACAGUGUCUGUUACAAGUAUUGCAGUUGGAGUUGGUGUUGGUAGUGGCAUAGGUUGUUUUCCAUCAGAUUCUACUAGCUCAAAUUCUACGACUGGUUAA